GUACGCGCACUCGCUGUGUUUUCUAUGGUCAGAGCCUGGUUCCGGUUUCUUUUAAUGAAGAUUAUAUCGACAUAAUGGCUAAAUAUGCACUUGGUUUGGGAGGCUAUGACUCAGAUUUUAGUGAUGAAGAAAGAGACAAUUGCAAAAUUGAAGAUAGAAAGAGACACAAGGAAGAUGAAGAUUUACUAAAAAAGCCAUUUCAGAAAGAUAAAUAUGGAAAAGUGGCUCACAGACAAGUUGCUGCAAAGGAGUGGGACAGAGAAGAAGCUCGAAACUGGAGAGUCCAUUUAAUAUCUAUGGAUGCUUUUGCCAGGCAUCAGAAAUUUGUCAAUGACUACAUUCUGUAUUAUGGAGGAAAGCUACAAGACUUUCAGCUUUCAAAAGCAAAUUCCAAAACAGACUUGGACGUUAUUAGAGAAAACCAUCAGUUCCUGUGGCAGGAAGAUGAAGACGAUUUGACUUGGGAGAAGAGACUUGCAAAAAAAUAUUAUGAUAAAUUAUUUAAAGAAUACUGCAUAGCAGAUCUGAGCAAGUACAAGGAGAAUAAGUUUGGAUUUCGAUGGCGGACAGAAAAAGAAGUGGUCUCUGGAAAAGGUCAGUUUUGCUGUGGAAACAAACGAUGUGAUGAAAAAGAAGGUCUUAAAAGCUGGGAGGUGAAUUUUGGUUACGUUGAACAUGGCGAAAAGAAGAACGCACUUGUUAAAUUGAGGCUUUGUCCUGAGUGUUCGUACAGACUGAAUUUCCAUCACAGGAGGAAAGAAAGCCAACCAAAGAAAAGGAAUAUGCAAGAUGAAAAAGGAGAACCUUCAAAUAAAAGACCCAAAAUUUCCAAUUCUCAUAAGAAGAAGAAAAAGAAGUACAAAGCAUCAUCUUUAGAUAAGAAAGACGAAUCAACAGAAAGUGACACAGACGAGGAGGAAGAAGAUGGUAAAUCUGAUGCGGACUACUGGAAGGGCCCCCAGCAAGAGCCUGACGAAAAAUCCCGGGAAGAGGAGUUCGAUGAAUACUUUAAAGAUAUGUUUCUGUAACUUUUGGGUCUAACUGCAAUAUUAAAGCUUGCAUUUUUUUA